AUGAUUUCAAGUUUAGUACAAAAUCAAUACGCCAUGGUGAGGAUUAUUGUUUUUCUAUUGUGGAGUUUACUACUUUGUGAAACGUCCUUUGGAAAGAUUAAUCACACUUUUGAACCAAUCGAUGCUUCUUUUUAUACAUCCAAUCCCAAUGUGAUUGACUCGAAAUUAAGUGUAUAUCGCAUAUCUCGUGGUAAAUAUGGAUUAAACGGUUUUAUAGAUAUUAAACAGGACUUGUCAAAUGAUUAUAUGCUAGAACUGUAUGUGUUGAGAAGUGUUUCAGGAAAUGAUAGAUAUAUCCCAACUGCAAUUAGAAUGCCACCAAAAAAUCUGGAGUACUAUAUGAAUAAAGUGUACAAAAGAAUUAUUAUGACCACAUUUAGCAAAUGUGCACCGAAUUCGCCACAGUUUCAAACUGAGUUUAAGGCUCCAUUGACAAAACGACGAUUCGAUCUAAAUAAAUGCCUAACAGAUACAACUAAUUUUCCAUAUGUGCGAAGUGGAUUUUAUAAAGUGGGAAUGCGUUUUAUAAAGCCUUACAAUAUAACUUGGGAGAUUACUGCAAAAACUGUCACUACGGAUCAUUUUUAAAAUACGGAUACCUUAAGGAAGCACAAUACACACAAUGAGUUUUUAUUUAAAAACU